AGAACACAGAAGCAAUCGGUUUCUCUGUGUUUCUCAUUUCCUUAAAUCUUCUUCUUCUUCUUCUUCUUCUUCUUCUUUCCUCUCUGCGUCUUCCUAAGAUGCCCAUGGACCGACUUCAGGCCUCCUCCGAAUCUCCCAGCACCAGGCUCAUCGUUCUCUCCAUCGAAUGCCUCAAAGGAAGCUCGCGCGCCGACGAGUGGACCGGCGACAUGCUUCAGACCGGCGACAUAGUCGAGGAGCUAACCAUCGGCUCCUCUCUGUGCGUCCGAGCCCCUUUCAAGAACGGCCGCUCCGGAAUCCAAAGAAUUCUACACGGUUCCUUCAAGGACAAGCAGACUUCCAUCGUCGUUCGGGUCCGGCGAGGCCCAGACGAGUUCUCUGAGUUGCAGGCCUGUAUUGUCCCCAACGACUCCGGCGGAAAGAAGCAGUACGUUCUCCGGUCCAUCACGGACCCGAAUUACGUGGUCGGGUUUGUGGAUCGGACCGAGUCGGAAUGCUUCGACCUUCAAGCAUCUAGGAGUGACAGAAUGGUGAGUGCAUUGGAAAGAAGCAGGCUUCAAGAUGGAUAUGUAUCCUACCACUGGGAAAGAAGAAUGCACGAGUCGCUCUCUGUUCCGUGUUCCAGCUCUUUUCUUUCCAUUCUUCUGCUCCCCAAAGCUGCAAACGAAGUCGCCACUCGCUACAACGACUUGGAAGACACCCUUGCCAGAGCCAAUGCAUGGCUCAAUUCAGCUCAGGCCACUGGCGUCCCCAUUGUCUUUAUGAACAUCCAGACCGAGUCCCUCUUAACUAAGAUAUCCGGAGACACGGCUUCUUCCACUGUUAGUGCUGGUUCCUUGUCUGAUUUGUCCAAUCUCGCCAAUGCCAGUCUCUACGGUUUUGAAGAUUACCAUGGGGUUGAUAUCGGCGUGGUUCGAUCCGUUCGUCUUUGGUAUGCUCCUCUCGGAGGGGAGCUUCCUAUUGAGAUCAAGCUAAAAGAAGGAGAUUCUAAGCUGGGCUUUUCCAUUGGUCGCACAGAAGAGGGAUUCAUCUAUGUUACUGCGGUGGAUGAAGAUGCCAAUUCGCCUUCUACAAGGUCAGGGCUGAACAAUCUGUACAAGGAAGCUGAAAAUGCAUCCAAGUUGCUAAUAAUCUCUAGAGUUUCUAAUCAAAAGGUUCUCCCAUGGAUAGUGUCUUCCACCGGUGCAAUUCGAUGCUUCGACACAGUUUCACUAAGCCAGAAGCUGUCAUUGCAUAGGCACGCCAAGGUCCCAAUCUUCCUACACCUCUUUUUAUGGGACAGAGAAUUGAUGGCUUCUUUAAUCACCGCUGCCCAAACUAGGCAAAGACCGACGGCGUCGCAGCCGGCAGCUCCAGAGCGACUGGCAUUGCCUGCAGAAGUUCAGCUGGUCCGCCAGCCAAAUGAUAACCAGAUACAACCACUACCAGCGGAUGCGUUCAGUGAGAGCGGAACCGUUAGUACUGAUGAGUCGUCCAUCAGAACAGAGAGAGACGCCGCAGGUGAGCUUUCCUUCAGAUUCCACGAAUUUUCCCUCUCGAGCAAUUGGAAAUGAUUUUGAUUGGCUUUAAUUUUGGUGGUCUCUAAUCCGCCAAAGAACAGUACUCGUAUAUAACAUCAAUGUUAGUAUUUUUUGUCCUUUCCCGCUUGUGUAUGUAAACAGAAAUUACAUAGUGAUCGAGUGCCUUCACUCGUUCAUUCCUACUAAUACAAGACCGCAAAUUCAAUAAA